AUGGACGCAAGACAACAAGAAUACCCGCAGUCAGGUUUGAGCUCGCCCUAUCCCACCUUUCCUGAACCAGCUUCUGAGGGUGUCUCUGUAGAUCAAGCAUCUGCUGCGCAAUACCCCUCUCAAGGACAAGACCCUCGAGCUUCGAACCUCACGCCCACCUCCGACUACAGCUUGAAUCCUUCGUCGGCUCGAUCAGGCUCAUUCCCGGACUACAUUCAACGUUCAUACCAACCAGGCGCUCAAGGUCAAGCACCCGGCGGUAUGGCGCAACAACAGAGUCCGUCAAUGCCUCUCUCAGAUGGUCAAGCAAAUGACCAUCAUCAACAACAGCAACACAAGUCUGACUCGGAUGUUCCUAUAGAUCCAUCAAUCGCCGCCGCGACGAGCCCAACCUACUCGCACCAGCAGCAAUACUCGCCCUACACACCUCACCACGACAUGCAGCAUUACCCUGGGCAUCCUCAGACCCCGAUCUACCCGUCGCGACCUGAAUGGGCAGGUCAGUACCCUCAACCGGGAAUGCACUACGGUCAUCCUGCAUCCUCUGGUCCUCCUGCGCCUGCCAUGGUCUCUCCCGUACAGCGACCACCAACAGGCGGACAUCCGCUUUUCCACUGUCUACUCUUUUCGUUCCUAUUCCAGGUGCGCAACAGCACAAGAGGCCACGCCGGGCGAUACGAAGAAAUCGAGCGCAUGUACAAGUUGCGGCUGGAAUGGAUUGUGAGAAGGCCUUAUGGCACUCUUAACCAUCUAAACGCACACGCUGAUGAUGAGCGCCACCGCGCCGAUGCACAGCAGCGUCAUGAGGGCCCACCUGGCGAGGCACCCGUCUACGGCCAGAUGCGACAAGCAGUUGGUGUGCCCGGACAAGGCCCUCAGCACGCACAACUGCCUCCCAUCGGGUACCAGCCUGCAGCCUCUGGCAACAAUGCCCCUCCCCAGUACGGCACUCAAAGUCCAGGUCUACCUUCUGAGGGCAUGGCUCAGUAUGCUACCCCCAACAGCCACGCAUACAACAGUCCCAAUAGUAACAGCAGCAGUUACCCUCAGUCGCCAUAUGGCCAAAACCCUCAGAUGUACCAACAGGGUCACUAAUUGUACCCUCGAACGACACAGCCAUGCCCUAAGCGGCUAAAAGCCCCCAGUAUCAAGAGCAGCAGGUGUCAAGAGCACCUGCAACCCCUUCUCUACCUCUGAACUCCCCGAAAGCUCACGAGCUUUGACGACUUUCCUUCUUGGGGCCACUUGCAUUCUUACCGUGGAAGCAUGUGAUGGUUUUCAGCAUCUCUCUUUACGGAUGGGUCAUGCAUUUUCAUCGGUGGCGGCUGUAUGUUUUCAGUUGAUGGUGUUACGGUUUUAAGGCCGAUGACCUAUGACUGUGAGAAGGAGGCGGUCUCCGCUCGAGGAUUUCCAAAAUGUCACGGUGCGCAUAGACUUGGCUUUCAUGUCAGCAUGUCAUCCCAGCUGUCUCCGUUUCCCCUCUGUUUAUUGUGUUCAGACAGUUUAUGCAAAGUCGGAUUUUUACUCUUUUUUCUUGGCCUAGAAGUACAAUAUGCAACACCGGCGCUCAGAGAAACAAUUACAUGCUUAUCAUCCCC